AUGCCGGAGACGACGAACGUUCAAUUACAACAACAGACGGUGUUCGGCUUACCAGACAAUUUCCUGUACAACGAUACUUACGAAAUCAAACAAACGCAGAUAGCCGCACUUCUCCUCCGCCGAGACGAAGCCAACUUGACGUAUCCAAAGAACACCUUCGACGACCUCGUCUUCCCUGCUUUCGAGAGCAUCAAGAGUCUAGACAGCUCGAAGAAUCUAUCUGUCACGAUCAACACACAAGCACUAAAGGUUGAGCCUAGUUGCGUUGAAGUUCCCAAGGACAAGUACCGCCUAACAUUUCGGAACUACACGGAAAGUGGCAAGACUUGGUUCUACUCGAGCUUCAACGAGCAUACCCCGUGCCCUGGCGGCCAAGGGAUUAUCAACCUCACCACGGAGUUUCCUUUAGGCGAAGCGAGCCUGUUCGGUCGGUCAAAUGACUUCGACUGGUUCUCCGUCUGGAGAUGUAACUACACCUGGGCCGAGCUGGACACGGAGGUAAACAUGAUUGCUUCCGACGACGGGUUCAUCAUCGAUCCAGAGAACCCCCCACGACCGGAUCUGUCAAGCCUGAGGCCCUUGGACCCGCCGAUCGAUCUACCUCAGCCCAACGGCUUUGCGGGGCUCGUUCCGGAAAUCAACCAACGUGACAGGCAAGCCAUCGGCGUUGAAUACUUCUUUUUGCCUCUAGUCGAGCCUUACGGCCCGCUAUCGAAGGAGGCAUUUGGAGAUCCCGAAAAGGUGGAAGAGAUUCUUCAGCUGCUGCACCAUAAUUACGCCUUCAGCGCCGCCCAGAUAGCCAACACUGAGAACCGCAAGAGGGUUGAGGAUGUCCUUGGCACAACGAGCGGUGCCCUGCUCUUGAACGCGACUGUUUUGGACAGAGGCCGGCGACGACUCGUGCAGGACCCGAACGUGACGUACAUUCUCGUUGGAAUCCUGGGCGCAGUCAUCCUCGUCAACAUGUGGGCGUUGAUGUCCACUGUGCUUCGUCGGCGCGGCAGCGAGAGUUCGUUGCUGGACAUGGAUGUCGCGGGUCUGGCGCUGGACGGUUGGCGAAGUAUCGCGUCAAUGGCCGGCCUGUUGAGUGAAUCCAAUGCAUCGACACAUCUACCCCCGAAUACCGAGUUGCUGUCGACGAAAGAGCUGCAUGGGCAGAUGUCAGAUGUCAGCUUCCGCCUGGGUUGGUUCCGCAGGGAAUGGGACCAGACACGGCAUUACACCAUCGGUGUGAUGGACGAUGGAGAGUUCAACUUUAUGGGAGUACGGAAGACGGUGAAUAGAGAAAAGACAGAUUCGUUGAGUCAGGAGAGAGUGGAAGGGUGGAUUUAG